CCGAGUGCCCCGACCGGGAUGGCGGCCGUUUUGGAGUCGCUGCUGCGAGGAGAGGUGUCGGUCACAGCCGCUGUGCGGUGGAUCGCGCGCAGCGCCCAGAGUUCGGAGGAUGACUCCGAGGAGGGGGCCGCGCUGAGCGCACUCCGGCCACUGCGGAAGGAAUUCGUGCCGUUCCUGCUGAACUUCCUGAGGGAGCAGAGCAGUCGCGUCCUCCCGCAGGGCCCUCCAACGCCCGCCAAGGCUCCGGGCUCCUCAGCGGCCCUGCCAGGGAAGCCGGGGGGCCCGCCGCGGGGCGGCCGCGGGGCGCGCAGCCAGCUCUUCCCUCCGGCCGAGCCUUCGAGCGCCGCCGCCGCCGCCGAGGGCCCUUCGGCCCGCCGCAGUAGCAGGAGGCGGGGCCCGGGGCCGACCCGCGAGCGGGAAGGCCGCGGCCCCGGGGCCCUGGAGGAGGGGGUCGGCGGGGAGAGCCUGCCCUGGGCCGCCGCUGGCCGGAGGCCUAGGGGCUCUGGCAGUCCCGGCUGCCCCACCCUCGCACGGUCUGAUCCGCCAAACCUCAGCAAUCUGGAGGAGUUCCCUCCAGUGGGCUCGGUUUCCCCCGGCCCUGCAGGCAGGACGAAGCCUUCACGCAGGAUCAACCCAACUCCGGUGAGCGAAGAGAGGUCACUCUCCAAGCCCAAGACCUGCUUCACUUCACCCCCAAUCAACUGUGUCCCCAGUUUCCAACCCUCAGUCCUGGACACUAGCCCUUGGGGCCAUGGCCUUCCCCCAGGGUGCAGAAGUCUCCAAGAGGAACGGGAGAUGCUCAGGAAAGAGCGCUCUAAGCAGUUGCAGCAGUCACCUACUCCCACUUGUCCUACCCCAGAAUCGGGGUCACCCCUCCCAAGCCGGACAGGAAACCUCACAGCUGAACCCGCUGACCCUGCCAGGGUGUCUUUCCGCCAGCGCCUGGAGCUGGUAGCCCUUGUGUACUCUUCAUGCAUUGCAGAGAACCUGGUACCAAACCUCUUCUUGGAGCUUUUCUUCGUGCUUCAGCUCCUUACUGCCCGGAGGAUAGUGACCGUCAAGGACGGUGACCUUGAACCGAGUCCAGGAGCCCUAGGUUCCCUGGGAAGUCCACUGUUCCAGAGUGUCCACGAUUGUGUCUUCUUCGCAGUGCAGGUUCUGGAGCAUCAGUUUCAAGUUCUUUCCUACCUGGACAAAGGGACCUUGAAGCUGUUGGCUGAGAAUGAACGACUGCUAUGCUUCUCACCAGUUCUGCAAGGCCGCCUCCGAGCUGCCUAUGAGGGCAGUGCUGCCAAGGUCUCUCUGGCGAUGCCACCCUCUGCUCAAGCUGUCUCCUUUCAGCCAGAAACUGACAAUCGUGCCAACUUCUCCAGUGACCGAGCCUUUCAUACUUUUAAAAAACAGAGGGAUGUGUUUUAUGAGGUGCUUCGAGAGUGGGAAGAUCGCCAUGAGGAGCCUGGCUGGGAUUUUGAGAAGGGCUUGGGCAGCAGGAUCAGAGCCAUGAUGGGUCAACUCUCUGCAGCCUGCAGCCACAGCCAUUUUGUUCGGCUUUUCCAGAAACAACUUCUCCAGAUGUGUCAGAGCCCUGGUGGUGCUGGUGGUACUGUCUUGGGUGAGGCUCCAGAUGUGUUAAACAUGCUUGGAGCUGACAAGCUGGGGCGGUUGCGGCGACUGCAGGAAAGGCUUGUGGCCCCUCAGAGCAGCGGCGGGCCCUGCCCACCACCCAGCUUCCCAGGCUGUCAGGGCUUCUUCAGGGAUUUCAUCCUGAGUGCGAGCAGUGCAUUUGUUUGUUUGUUUGUUUGUUUCUUGUUUGGUCCCCACCUCAGCUUCCAGUUUAAUCAGCAUCUCAUGGAUAGUCUGAGUCUGGAGAUCCGGGAGCUCAAUGGCCUUGCCCUGCCGCAGCCUGAGCCCAGUGAUGAGGAGGAGGAGCCGGAUGCGGACUGGCAGGGUGAACGGAGGCAGUUUACUGUGGUUCUGCUCAGCCUGAGGCUUCUGGCUAAAUUCCUGGGCUUUGUGGCUUUCCUGCCAUACCGGGGGCCUGAACCACCCCCGACCCGGGAGCUCCAGGACUCCAUUCUGGCCCUGAGGAGCCAGGUGCCACCUGCCCUGGACGUACGGGCUCUGCUGCAUCAGGGGCUGCGGGCCCGCCGAGCGGUGCUCACUGUGCCCUGGCUGGUGGAGUUCCUUUCCCUUGCUGACCACAUUGCUCCCAUGCUGGACUAUUACCGCAGCAUCUUCACUCUCCUGCUGCACCUACAUCGAAGCUUGGUCUUGUCAAAAGAAAGUGAAGGGGAGAUGUGUUUCCUGAACAAGCUGCUGCUGCUUGCUGUCCUGGGCUGGCUUUUCCAGAUUCCCACUGUCCCUGAGGAUCUCUUCUUUCUGGAAGAGGGUCAUGUCUUUGAAGUGGACACUGUAGCUUCAGAGCACGGCUUGGAUGGCAUGCCAGUGGUGGACCAGCACCUGCUCUACACCUGCUGCCCUUAUAUCGGAGAACUCCGCAAACUGCUUGCUUCAUGGGUAUCAGGCAGCAGUGGUCGAAGUGGGGGCUUCGUGAGGAAAAUCACCCCCACCACCACCACUGGCCUGGGAGCCCAGCCUCCUCAGAGCCCCCAGGGCCUGCAGGCACAGCUGGCUCAAGCCUUUUUCCAUAACCAGCCGCCCUCCCUGCGCAGGACUGUGGAGUUUGUGGCAGAGAGGAUUGGCUCUAACUGUGUCAAACACAUCAAGGCCACUCUGGUGGCAGAUCUGGUGCGCCAGGCAGAGUCGCUUCUUCAGGAGCAGCUGGUGGCACAGGGACAGGAAGGGGGAGAUCCAGCCCAGCUGUUGGAGAUCUUGUAUUCACAGCUGUGUCCCCACGGGGCCCAGGCACUGAGCCAGGGGAGGGAGUUCUGCCAACAGAAGAGCCCUGCUGCCGUGCGGGCGCUGCUUCCCGAGGAGACACCAGCAGCUGUCCUAAGCAGCGCAGAGAACAUAGCUGUGGGGCUUGCAACAGAGAAAGCCUGUGCUUGGUUGUCAGCCAACAUCACAGCACUGAUCAGGAGAGAGGUGAAGGCAGCAGUGAGUCGCACACUUCGAGCCCAGGGUCCUGAACCAGCUGUCCGGGGGGAGCGGAGGGGCUGCUCCCGUGCCUGUGAGCACCAUGCUCCCCUCCCCUCCCACCUCAUCUCCGAGAUAAAAGAUGUACUCUCUCUGGCCGCAGGGCCCCGGGCCCCUGAGGAGGGAGUUUCCCCGGAGCAUCUGGAGCAGCUCCUAGGCCAGCUGGGCCAGACACUGCGGUGCCGCCAGUUCCUGUGCCCACCUGCUGAGCAGCAUCUGGCAAAGUGCUCUGUGGAGUUAGCAUCCCUCCUCGUUGCAGACCAGAUUCCUGUCCUAGGGCCCCUGGCACAGCACCGGCUGGAGAGAGGGCAGGUUCGAAGGCUCCUACUUGUGCUGCUAUCCCUAUGGAAGGACGACUUUCAGGUGCCAGUCCCUCUGCAGCUACUGCUGCGCCCAAGAAAUGUGGGGCUCCUGGCAGACACUCGGCCGAGAGAGUGGGACCUGCUGCUGUUCUUGCUCCGGGAGCUGGUAGAGAAAGGUCUAAUGGGACGGAUGGAGAUAGAGGCCUGCCUGGGCAGCCUCCAUGAGGCCCAGUGGCCAGAGACUUGGCAAGAUGAGAUAAUGCGCAAUCAAGUACUCAGUAGGUAGUGGUAAGUACUCACUAGGUGGUUCGGAGCCUCCUGCCACAGUUCACUCCCCCUGCUGGAACUUGAGCAUCCCAGAGUACUAACGGGGCAAGGUUUCAGGUCAUUUCAAUAUAAAGGCCAUUGGGAAAAUACAGCUAGGGUUUGAUAUUUUAAACUGAUUUUUAGUAGAAAGGAUGAGCCAGCCAGAAUUAUGUCUGCUGCUUCUGUCAUCUUUCUGUUUAUUCCAGGACUUUGCUGAAGAAUUAGCAACACUGUUCAACCUGUUUCUAGCUGAGCCCCACAUGCCAGAACUCCAGCUAAGAGCUUGUGAGCUGGUGCAGCCAAACCGGGGGACUGUGCUGGCCCAGAGCUAGGGCAGGAAGUGGCCCUGCCUAGGGUGUCCCCUCGGAAUGCUGGAGUACCACCUGACUGUGUCGCCCCAGGUGCCCACUGCUGCCCUUGCUGGGGUGGGAGGAGCUGAGUCUAAUCAGGCUUCCUCCUCACGUAUGAAGGAAGUGAGCCGCUGCCUGGCCUCCCACUGACUGCAGGCUCACUGCUGUGAGUCUUGGAGGAUGGAGGGUUCCCCUGAUCAGGAUUAUGGUGGAAAAGCCUAGAGACUCCAGUCCUGGAGCAGAAGAGUUGGUGUUUAUUAUGAUACAAAAUGAAAUGAUGUGUAUGGGUUUGUCGACAUGGGAUUUGAGCCCUACUUGGCUGCUAUCGCAGCAUUUCCUAAAAUGUGGUUUGGGAAAUCAGAGGCAAAUGACUUCAGCUUAACUUGUGAGUAAACUUAAAACAUGAAUCUUGAGAGUCUACAUUUUCUUACCAGCAGGAUCUGGACUGCCAUCUCCUUAUAAAUGUACAACAUAAGAAGUAGGGGUCACCUGACAGAAACCUGUCUUUUACCCUGCACCUCCCCUGCCUUCAGGCCUGUGCAGGCAAUUCUCAAUCCUAACUCCAUCCAGGGGCCAAGCACGGGCAGAACAUUAGAGCUUUUUAAAAUAAACAGUUCUCUUCACCAAG